CAGCAGAUGACUGUGAUACAGCGGUGACACUGUUCCUGUAGUUUCACCAUGCCUCAGAAGCUGAUGAAGAGUGCCCACUACAUCGAGCUGGGGGGGAGAUACCAGUACUGGCCCGUGCUGGUCCCCAGAGGGAUAAGGCUGUACACAUACGAACAGAUCCCAGUGUUCCUGAGGGAUAACCCUUACAUCACAGAUGGCUACAGAGCCUACCUGCCCUCCAGGCUAUGCAUCAAAAGUCUGUUCAUCCUGUCCAAUGAGACAGUGAAUAUCUGGAGCCACCUGCUGGGCUUCCUGUUGUUCUUCACGCUGGGGAUCUACGACAUGGCGUCUGUGCUGCCUGCCACCAGGGCCUCCCGGGAGGACUAUGUCAUCUAUUCCAUAGGACUCUUCUGCUUCCAGGUGG